AUGAGUCUUGGCAAUAAUCCUUAUUGUUUAAUUUUAUUUAUAACAGUUAUAUACCUAAUUGGUUCAUCAACUUUCCUUUAUGGAUUUACUUCUACUGCUGCUGAUUCUAAUGAGUUUUCCAGUAAAGCUAAUCCGUAUGUCAGCGAAAUGAUUUUUAAAGAUUCCGAGCAAAAAGCUAUUUAUGAAAAACAAUGGUUUCCUACAUAAUCAGAUUAAGUUUUAUUCAUGAUUGUUGAUGGCCUUCCCUAUUCUUACGUUGUCAAUGAAGAAGAAUAACAAAAGAAGUUUGAGUAAAAAUAAGCAGGUAGUAAUGAUCCUUCAUUAUACAUUCCAUCACGUAACAUUCCCUUCUAAGUAUUUUUAAACACUGUUAAUGAAUUUCCCAACAGCACUGUACUUCUUAAAGGAUUUGCUCAUCCACCUACUUAUACAUCUACCAGAAUUAAAGCUAUUGUGCAAGGCAACAUUCCCACCUACGAUCAAUUAAAAUCUAAUUUAGGUAGCAAGGAAAUUAAAUCUGACAAUAUAUUUAGAUAGGCUAAAAUAAACAAUCCCUUCAUAGGCUAAAAAAGAGAAAAAGCUGUAUGCUAUGCUACUCACUCUCUCCACGAUUUAUAUCCCAAUAUAUUUGAUAGAUCACACUUUGUCGGAGAAGUUAACUUUUAUGAGAAACUCCAAAGUGAUAUGGAUUAAUACUAAUACAUUUCCAAAGAGUAGUUAGAGUAUGACGACUGGUCAACUAUGUUGCUUCAUUUUGAAGCUAUUGAUGGUUUCAGUCACUUAUAAAGGACAUAUGAUAACGCAGUUGUUUCAGCUAUCAAAUCAGUCAACGAGCUUGUUAAAAAUAUCAUAGAUAAUGUUAGAAACUCCAAAAAGAAUACUGACUAAGUUAUUCUAGCUGUCUCAGAUCACGGUUUAAACUUCAAAAAGUAUGGCCGCCAUGGAGGAUACACAUUAGAAGAAUCUAAUUCUUUUAUAUAUGGUUACUCCAAAACUGAAUUUAUUACUAAAUAAAAGAAAGACAUUGGACAAGAAAUGGAUAGAGAAUUCUUAAUUGGAACUGAUACUUUCUAAAUUAAUAUUACACCUACUUAUUGCAUGAUUUUAGGUAUCCCUAUCCCAUUUAACAAUAUAGCAAUGAUUUAGCCAGAUUUCUUCUUGGACAAGCCUUUUGUUGAUGACUUUGUGAUAGCAAAUAAUUUUUAUACUAAUUUUAGGUAGGUUCUAGAUAGCUUCCAGAAUACAGUCGACUCGUUCGAUGGUAAUAUAAAACAACUAGACAAAAUAAAUAAAUUAGGUGAUAAUCUUAAGGCUAAGUAUAAACAAUUAUUUGAAGUUAAAAAAGGAAAUACAGUUGUAAAUUAAGCUAAGCUGAAAGAAUUUAUUUAGCUCUGCCAUCAAUACUCAUAAAGCAUAGCUAAUGUAAUUUAGACAGAUUUUUAGGAAAUAAAAGAAAAUUAUAUGCUAUUAGGACUAAUUAUUCAUUUCUCUCUUGCUUUCCUUAUUAUAGUAUCUAUUGCUACUUUAAAAAUAAUCUCAAAUAAAAAUGAUUAGAUUAGUUAAAUUUCUUAUCAAAAUCAUGAAAUGCUCACUUCAAUAAAUGAAAUAAUACCUAAGUUUAGAUUUCAUCAUCGAUUGCUUGAUAUUCUUAUCAGCUAUAGUGCUGUUCAUAUUGACUAGAACAUCUAAUGA